AUGCGGAAAUUUUCCUUUCUCAAGUUCAACUUUUUGAUCACCACCUUGACCACCUGUCUGAUCAUCCUGACCAAUGUGGUCAUCAACUUCCUUUUUAAUGUUUCCUUCGAGACUGCUUUUGAUGGUAGUAAACUGCUUGUUGAAAGUAUCCAUGAGGUUAUUUUUACCGCCAAGCUCAAUUGUACCACGGGCAUCGCUAAUCUGCUCAGCCGCCGCUGUAAUCGCCGCCUUGGCCGCAGCCUUGAUCUGUGCUUUAGCUACACCGUCGAACGCUUCAACGGCGGUGGGAAUAAGAUUAUUACCAUUUUUUCCUUCCACGAAAUUCCUCACUCCGCCGAUCGCAGUGUCCACGGCUUGGGCGGGGCUUUGGGGUUGGCCUUGGGAGACGGGAGGCGACCCGGAUUUCUCAGUCGCCUGGGUGAGCUUGUCGCUGAGAUCACUGGCAAUAGGCGUGAUAGUGUCCAGGAUGGAUGCGAUAUUUGUGUCUGGGGGCUCGAGCAGCACGGAAUUCAGCUCGUUGCCCACCUGUCUCACUGUUGCGGAGAGGGCACAGAGUAUGGCGGCGAGGACUGA